CCACACCAUCGCCGCCUUUCUUGCUGCUCAGGGAAUUUUCCCCCUUUUUAAAACCGAAAUAGUGGUAUUUUUAUUUGUGUCUGUCUCAGUUUUCUUAUCUUUCUCAGACCCAAUAUAAUUUUCCGGGAAAAUAAAAGGAAAAAAAAUGGACUCGACGCCCGUGAACUGGGAAGCGCUUGAUGCUUUAGUAAUCGAUUUCGCCAAAUCUGAGAACUUGAUCGAAGACUCAUGCUCCUUUGUAUCGUCGACUUCUUCUCCACCGUCUUCACCUUCUUCAUCAUCGUCUCCUUCACUUUCUUCGUCGUCUUAUUAUUCCAGAUUGAUCAUUCGCCAGAUCAGACGUUCAUUGGAAACUGGUGAUGUUGAUGCUUCUAUCGAUCUUCUUCGGGUCCACGCUCCUUUCAUUCUCGAUGAUCAUAGGCUUCUCUUUCGGUUACAGAAGCAGAAAUUUAUUGAGCUUUUGAGAAGAGGGACUGUAGAAGCUCGUGACUCUGCAAUUGAUUGCCUGAGAACUGCUCUGGCUCCUUGUGCUCUUGAUGCUUAUCCGGAAGCAUAUGAGGAAUUCAAGCAUGUUCUUCUUGCCUUUAUAUAUGACAAAGAUGACCAGACUUCUCCAGUUGCAAAUGAGUGGUCUGAAAGGAGGAGGUUUGACAUUGCUGGACUUAUGUCCACUGUGUUAAGAGCUCAUUUACAUGCAUAUGAUCCGGUCUUUUCAAUGACAUUGCGAUAUUUGAUAAGCAUACACAAAGGAUUUUGCUUUCGACAAGGAAUUUCAUCACCCAUUUCAGAUCUUACUGAGCGGUUGCUCCUUGAGGAGCGUGAUCCCCCUGCAACACCCCAAGAGAGCUUGUAUGAAGCACCUCCUUUUGAUGAGGUGGACAUACAAGCUCUUGCACAUGCUGUAGAGCUUACAAGACAAGGGGCCAUUGAUAGCUUGAGAUUUUCAAAGGGUGAUCUCUUCCAGGCGUUUCAGAAUGAAUUAUGUCGGAUGAAAUUGGAUGUUUCAAUGCUUGAUGAGCUUGUUCGUGAGUAUUGCAUUUAUAGGGGCAUUGUGGAUUCUGGUCUUGCAUCACCUUCUGGAUUUCAAACUCUUUCGAAACCUUUGAAAGUCGAUCAACAACUGCAUGGUUAUUGGUCUUCACGAGACUGUUCUGUUGAAGUGGACUGUAGUGCCAGCAAAGUUUCUGAUGGUGAUUCUUCCAUUACUACUCCUUAUAUGGAUGGUUCACCGGAGAAGAGUACUGACAUGACUAGCAUGCAAGGAAUUGAUGUUGAACUACGAUAUGCUUGUGAACCAACAAGCACCAAUGAAGACUGUAGCACCAGUGGAUCACAUCAACAUGAAAAUAUAAGAGUUCAGCAAAGGAGCAGAAUCAACACAUAUGCUGCUGGAGAAAGGAGUAAACGUAAGCGCUGGAGGGGUAGAAAUGAUGAUGUAGGUUACACUCCUAGCGUUUCUUCUGAUGAAAGUAGUAAACAAGAGCUUAGCACAACAACCCUGGUUUCCAGCUCAUGUAUUUCGCAGGGACAACAGGGUUUGGAAGGACAUUCUGUACAAGACAUUAAUAAUAGAGAGGAUAAAUAUGAGUUUGUGCUGGGGAUGAAGGCACUAGCUAGUAAAGGGAUGGCUACAGAGGUUGUCGAAGAAGUUAACGCUAUGGAUGCAAGUUUUUUUGUGCAAAAUCCUAUUUUGCUUUUCCAGCUUAAGCAGGUUGAAUUCCUUAAGCUCGUUGGCUCAGGGGAUUAUUCUAGUGCUCUGAGAGUUGCUUGUUCACAUUUAGGUCCUUUAGCUGCUAAUGAUCCAGCUUUGUUGAAACCCUUGAAGGAGACAUUGUUGGCAUUGCUGCAACCCAAUGAACAUGCACUUGACAAAGGCUUGCCUUUACAGGCCCUUGCAACUUCGCUUCAGGUUGCAAUUGGUAAAAGGCUUGGCAUUGAAGAACCCCUGCUUAUGAAAAUCAUUAGAGCAACUCUCCACACGCAUAAUGAGUGGUUUAGGCUUCAGAUGUGUAAAGAUCGCUUUGAAAGUCUCUUGCAAAUCGAUUCCUUGAAACAGGUUAGUCCUCCUGUGUUCAGUGCUAAUGCCACAUCAAAGUCAAAUGCUGAUAGGUGCUCCAACGGAUCUUCCCAAGUUACAAUAUCAAGCACUAGGAUGUCAGAGGAUGGAAGCAGUCCAACCCAAGUCUCUUCUAGAGAUGUGAUUUGCGAUGAAAAUGCAAUACUAAAGGUUAUGGAAUUUCUUGCUUUGCCGAGGGCAGAUGCUAUCCAUCUUCUUGCAGAGUACAACGGAAAUGCUGAGACGGUCAUUCAGCAAAUCUUUGCAUAACUUGGAAUUUUGGAUUGUACAACUUGUCAACUAUAAACACAAUACAUCUAUAUAUAUUCUUUUUCAUAUUAUUUGAUUCAAUUUAUGCCUUAUUACUGAUGAGUAUACAAGUAGGUUCGAAAGGGUAAGCAUGUUGUAAUUAUUCGGCAAGUACUUGUAGAGUGCUCUCUGUACAUUAGCAUAAGUGUUUUUCGUGUACGAAAUAAGCAGUCAUCAAUGAAAACAAAUUUGUCAGAUUGGUUCAA